AUGCCGCCUCCUCGGACACGGCUUAGUCUCUCUAAGGAGAGGUUCCCUGCCUACUUGACCAACCUCAAGAGUCAGCCCUACCACGAUCCGAGCUCGAGUUCUAGAGGACAAACCAUCCGAUCGAUUGCCUGGAACCCUUUGGGAACCCUGGUUGCUACAGGAUCAUCGGAUAAGACCCUGCGUGUUUGGAACCCAGAGAAGCCAAAUGUACGCUUCUCGACCGACCUUAAGGGCCACUCAGCUGCCAUUGAAAGGGUUGCUUUCAACCCGGUAAAGGAUGCCGAGUUGUGCAGUGUCAGCAACGAUGGAGUCGUCAAGUUUUGGGAUGUUCGAUCCAAGACCUGCAUCAAUGAGAUCAAGGGGUUGGGAGAUGCCUUCACUCUUGUUUGGGCACCCGACGGACAGUCAUUGGUGGUUGGAAAUAAGGCGGACAACAUCUUUGUAUUGUCGCCGACCCAGCCGAUACCCAUUGCAUCACAUCAGCAACCCACUCAGACGAAUCAGAUUUCUUUCUGUUGGAGCGGCGAGAAGAUCUUCCUCACGACCGGCGAGGGUAGAACCCGGAUCUUGACGUAUCCGAAUUUCAAACCCGCUUUUCAGUUCAAUCAUGACGAUGAGUCCAAAGAGUUCACUCUAAACGGCCAUACUUCGUCUUGCCUAUCAGUUGAACUGCAGCCAACAGGACGCUAUCUUGCUACUGGUGGUUCGGACUCUAUCAUUUCUUUGUGGGAUACGACAGAUUGGAUUUGCCAGCGGACCAUUACUAGCAUGAUUGGCCCAGUACGGUCUCUCAGUUUCACGUUCGAUGGUAAUUUCUUGGUGGGAGGCAGCGACGAAGGCCCUGGGCUGGACGUUCGACAUACCGAGUCAGGAGACCAUGUUCACUCCUUAAAGACAGCUGGGCCUUGUCCGGUUGUAUCUUGGGCCCCGACGAAGUACUGUCUGGCCUACAGCGAUCUGGGCAUUCUUCGCAUUGUCGGGGUGGACGCUGAGAAGAAAUAG